CUGUCUUAGGCAGUUCCCGUAAAGCUUCUGACUCAAUCUAGGAGAAGAAAGGGAUUUAAAAGUAAACACAGAAAUGAGAAAGAUUUUGCUGGCCAGUCAUCGAACAUUAGACUAGAGACAGGGCUUGGCCAGAGGUCGGCGUGGAGACGAUACUCGGGAUUCAUCAACAUGCCACCACGCUUCGUGAUUAUUUUCCUUGGGUUGGUUUUACAAAAGGCCUGCCCCCUGGCUGGCACCACAGAACAGGGAAACCGAUGCGAUAAGAAGUCAGUCCUCACAGUUAGUACCGCCUGUGUACCCUGCUCGGCUAACAGUAAAAUCGUGUGCCCGCCCGGUUACACGAAGAUCACCAACGAAUCCGCGGAAGGUGAACGCUGCAGGUACGACGUGGCCUUCAUGGUACACAGGCUGUCUCUCCCCGGAUGCCGCUACACCUGUCAGAGAGACUACCUCCAGCCACAGUGCUGCCCUGGCCACUGGGGCCCAGACUGCAUGGAGUGCCCGGGAGGAGCGCGGUCACCCUGCGGCGGCCGAGGCAGCUGCGCAGAUGGCAUAGAAGGGAACGGAAACUGCUCCUGCCAAGAGGGCUUUGGUGGUACAGCCUGUGAAGUCUGCGCCCAGGACAACUUGUUUGGACCCAGCUGCUCCUCAGUGUGUACGUGUGUGCACGGCGUGUGCAAGAAUGGCCCCCAAGGCGACGGGACCUGCAACUGCUACUCUGCCUACACUGGCCCCACCUGUGACACGCCUGUUCCUGAAUGUGCAGCCCUGCUCUGCCCAGAAAAUUCCAGAUGUGCACCUCUGGGCGAAGACCGAACCAAGCUGGAGUGCCGGUGCCUCCCCAACUACAAAGGCAAUGGCCAACACUGUGAACCCAUCAACCCAUGCCUGGAGCACCCCUGCAACCCUCACGCGCACUGCACAUACCUGGGACCCAACCGGCACAGCUGCACAUGCGGACAAGGCUACACGGGGGACGGCCGCGUGUGUAUCCCAGUGGACCCCUGCCAGACAAACUUCGGGAACUGCCACCCCAGGACCACGCAGUGCAAGUACGAUGGGCCUGGACAGUCCCACUGCGAGUGUAAGGAGCACUACCACGGCUUCGUGCCUGGAGUCGGCUGCAGCAUGACCGACCUCUGCAAGUCCAAGAACCCGUGUCACAGCAAGGCCAGCUGCACCAUGGCCGAACCAGGCCAGACGCAAUGCACCUGCCAGAAAGGUUACGUGGGAGACGGCUUCACGUGCUAUGGAAGCAUCAUGGAGAGAAUCCAAGAACUCAACACCACACCCCGGGGGAAAUGGCUAGGAAGGCUGACCUCCUUCAUCUUGCUCCUCGACAAAGUCUAUGCCUGGCCGCUGAGUUCCCUGGGACCGUUCACCCUGCUGCUGCCCUUGGAACAGGAGCCGAAAGCAUUCAGUGUAGAAGAGCUGCUGCUGGAUCCCACAGCUGCUCGGCAAUUUGUGAAGCUCCACAUCAUUGCCGGGCAGAUGAGCAUGGAGCAAAUGAACAACACCGACACCUUCUACACACUGACCGGGGCUCCAGGGAGGAUCUUCAACCGAGACAAGGACAAUCAAUUAAGGCUUGAACUUCAUGCAGGUAAAAAGAAGGUAACAGUUAUAGAGGGAAACAUCAUUGCUGCCAACGGGCUCAUACACAUCCUCGACACAGCCAUGGACAAGAUAAAGCCCACCUUUGAGGGCAACUCCGAGAAAACCAUAAUGGCACUGAUACCGCCCAGAUACAGCCGGUUCAGAGCUCUGGUGGAGAAAACCAACUUAAAAAGUACGUUAGAUGAGAACGGGGCUGGUGGACCAUACACCGUUUUUCUUCCAAGUAAUGGAGCACUGAACAGCAUGAAGAAUGAUGAUCUUCAUUUCCUUCUUUCUCCUGAGGGUUCUCAGAAGCUUCUGGAACUCGUCAGACACCACAUCAUCCCGUCUACUCAGCUAGAAGUGGCCACCCUCAUCUCGACGCUGCAGAUCCGGACCAUGGCCAACCAGAUCAUAAAGUUCAACAUCACCAGCAAUGGACGGAUUCUGGCAAACGGUGUGGCCGUGGAAGACACUGAGGUCACUGCCAAAAAUGGCCACAUUUACACGCUGGCCAGCGUUCUCCUCCCUCCCUCCAUCAUUCCCAUCCUGCCCCACCGAUGUGACGAAACAAAGAGUGAGAUCAAAAUGGGCUCCUGUGUGAACUGUAUUUUAAUGUCUGGAAGUAACUGUCCUGCUGGCUCAGAGCCCACGGCGCUCUUCACUCGCAAUUGUGUCUACAACACCAAAACCAACACCCCGAGGGCUGGCUGUGCCCGGUACUGCAAUGGCACCGUGAGGGUCCCAGAGUGCUGCAGAGGCUUCUACGGGCCCGACUGCAGCCAGUGUCCAGGAGGCUUCUCGAAUCCCUGCUCAGGAAAUGGACAGUGUGCAGACGGCAUCAGUGGCAACGGGACGUGCAUUUGCAAGGAUGGCUUCUAUGGCUCCCACUGCCAGUUCUGCUCUGACCGCAACAAAUACGGACCUCGGUGUGAAAAAAAGUGCCUGUGUAGUCUGGGGACCUGUGACAACAGCGUGCACAGUGAUGGGGCCUGCCUGCAGGGAACCUGCCGAGACAGAUCUCGGGGGAGAUUCUGCGACGUCCGUUUCCUAUACUGCGGAUACUCUGCACACAUGUGCCAUGUCCAUGCCGUCUGCAUAUACAAACAAAACACAUUCAGCUGCAUCUGCAAGGACGGCUAUGAAGGUACCGGCCUUGAGUGUUCCGAGAAGGACCCUUGUGCCGACUCAACCCGGGGAGACUGCAGCCGAAAUGCUGAAUGCAUCAAAACGGGCCCAGGGACACAUAUCUGCGUGUGCCAGCCUGGCUGGACAGGCUCCGGCAGGGACUGCGUGGAGAUCAACCCCUGCCUGCUGCCCAGCAGGGGCGGCUGCCACAGCAACGCCACCUGUCUGUAUGUGGGCCCAGGCCAGAACAAAUGUGAGUGCCGGAAAGGAUUUCGAGGAAAUGGGAUUGACUGCGAACCCAUCAUCUCGUGCUUGGAGCAGCCCGAGGAAUGUCACCCUUUGGCCACUUGCCAAGUUGCAGCCUCUGGCCUGUGGAGCUGUGUCUGCCGGGACAGCUACAAAGGGGAUGGCCUCCUGUGCUACGGUGACGUGGCCCUGGAGCUAUCAUUUCUCUCGGAAGCAGCAACCUUCUACCAGUGGAUCCGUAAUGCUUCCCUACAAUCCCUGCUGUCUGCCUCCUCAAACAUCACCGUCCUCGUGCCGUCCCAGCAAGCUAUUGAAGACAUGGACCGAGACGAGAAGAACUUCUGGUUGGCACAGAGCCGCAUCCCAGUCCUGAUAAAAUACCACACGCUCCUGGGCACCUUCAGUGUGACAGAUCUUCAGAGCCUGCCAUCUUCUGACACGCUGGCCACCUCUCUGCAGGGCAGCAUCCUUCGCCUCCAGAAGGCAGAUGGGAAUGUCACCAUCGGAGGCGCAGCCAUCAUCAGUGGCGACAAUGUGGCCACCAAUGGCAUGAUUCACAUCAUCAACAAGGUGCUGGUCCCCCCGAGAGGGCUAAGCAGCUCCCUACCAAGCCUGCUCACCCGGCUGGACCAGAUGCCUGACUACUCCAUCUUCCGGGGCUACAUCAUGCACUAUGAACUGGAAAGCGCCAUUGAGGCUGCCGACACUUACACGGUGUUUGCCCCAAACAAUGCCGCCAUGGAGCACUACAUCAGAGAGAAGAAGAUCACCACUCUGGAGGAGGACACGCUCCGCUACCACGUGAUCCUGGAGCAGAAGCUGCUAAAGAAUGACCUUCACAAUGGCAUGCACCGCGAGACCAUGCUGGGGCCUGCCUACCUGCUCGGCUUCUUUCUCCGCGGGGACCAGCUCUACGUAAACGAGGCUCCAAUAAACUACACCAACAUAGCCACUGACAAGGGAGUGGUCCACGGCUUGGGGACCGUCCUAGAAAUUCAGAAGAACAGAUGCGAUAGCAAUGAGACCACUAUCGUUCGAGGAAAGUGUGACAAGUGUCCGUACCCACCCAUCUGCCCGCCGGGAACCAAGAUGCUCGGCAAAGAGAGAAGCCCGUGCAUCUACACCAUUUACUUCAUGGGGAGGCGCUCUGUGUUCAUCGGGUGCCGGCCCACGUGCGUGAGAGUGGUCAUCACACGUGCCUGCUGCGCCGGCUUCUUCGGGGAGCAGUGCCAGGCCUGCCCUGGGCAGCGCGGGGACGUGUGCUUCGGGAAUGGCAUCUGCAUGGACGGCAUGAACGGCACGGGCAGGUGCGAGUGCGGCCCCAGCUUCAGCGGCACAGCCUGCGAGACCUGUGUGGAUGGCAAGUACGGCGUCCACUGCGACCAAGCGUGUUCUUGUGUCCACGGGAGAUGCAGCCAGGGACCCUCGGGUGACGGCUCCUGUGAAUGUGACGUGGGCUGGCAGGGCGUAAAAUGCGACAGAGCUGUCACAGAAGACAACUGCAAUGGAACAUGCCACACCAGCGCCAACUGCCUUGUCCAGCCGGAUGGCACAGCCUCAUGCAGAUGUGCAGCUGGAUUCCAAGGGAACGGGACUGUCUGCAAAGCCAUCAACGCCUGUGAGACCCGCAACGGAGGAUGCUCGUCCAAGGCAGACUGUAAAAGAACCACCCCAGGGAGCCGGGUGUGCGUAUGCAAGGCGGGCUACACCGGCGAUGGCAUCGUGUGCCUCGAAAUCAACCCAUGUUUGGAGAACCACGGUGGCUGCGACAGGAAUGCCGAGUGCACACACACGGGACCCAAUCAGGCUGUCUGCAACUGUUUGCCCACCUACACCGGCGACGGGAAGGCCUGCACACACAUCAACGUCUGCCUGACCAAAAACGGCGGCUGCAGCCCCAACGCCAUCUGCAAGCACACGGAGACAGGCGAGAGGACCUGCACCUGCAAGCAGAACUACACGGGAGACGGGCUCACCUGCCGGGGCUCCAUCUACGAGGAGCUCCCCAAAGACCCGCGGACGUCCCAGUAUUUCUUCCAGCUGCAGGAACACAAGGUCCGAGAGCUGGCCGGGCCGGGACCCUUCACUGUGUUCGUUCCUGUAUCUGCCGCCUUCAAUAAGGAGCCCCGGCUUAAAGACUGGGACAGACAGGGCCUCAUGUCCCAGGUUCUACGGUACCACAUGGUCGCCUGCCACCAGCUGCUUCUGGAAAACAUGAAGCUGCCCCCAAAUGUCACCUCCCUCCAAGGAGAGCCGAUUGUCAUCUCAGCAUCCCAGUUUCACCUCGAUUGGAUUCAGGACACCAUGUACAUUAACAAGAAGGCUAAGGUCAUAUCCAGUAACAUCAUCUGCACCAAUGGAGUCAUCCACAUCAUAGACAAACUGCUGUCUCCUCAGAACCUGCUCGUCACCCCCCGCGACGCCUCAGGAAGGAUUCUGCACAAUCUUACGACGGUGGCGACAAACCACGGCUACAGCAGGUUCAGCAAACUGCUGCAGGACUCGGGCUUGCUGGACACCAUCACCAACCCCAUCCACACGCCCGUCACUCUCUUCUGGCCCACGGACCGCGCCCUGCAAGCCCUCCCCCAGGAGCAGCAGGACUUCCUGUUCAGCGAGGACAGCACCGGCUCGGACAAGCUGAUGGCGCAGUUGAAGUUCCACGUGAUCCGAGAUGCCAAGGUGCUGGCUGCGGACCUCCCCAGAUCUGCCUCCUGGAAGACCAUGCAAGGCUCAAAGCUGAGUGUGAAGUGUGGAGCUGGCAGCCACAUUGGUGAGCUCUUCCUAAACGGCCAAGUGUGCAGGAUCGUGCAGCGGGAGCUCCUGUUUGACCUGGGUGUGGCCUACGGCAUUGACUGUCUGCUGGUGGAACCCACCCUGGGCGGCCGCUGUGACACCUUCACUGUGUUUAAAGUCUGGGGAGACUGCGGGAGCUGCCUCAGUAUCCCCAAGUGCCCAGGGUGGAGCAAGCGGAAGGGUGUCACGGAGAAGUGUUUCUAUCAGGCAACAUCCGGUGGGCCUGUCCUGGAAGGCUGCCAGUACAACUGUGCCCUGGUGGCCCAGGUGCCCAACUGCUGCAACGGCUACUUCCUGCCGGAUUGUCAGGCCUGCCCGGGAGGAUCAGACACCCCAUGCAACAACCGGGGCGUCUGCCAGUCUUACUCGGCCAGGGAACAGUGUCUCUGUGACUUCGGCUUCAACGGGACGGCAUGUGAGCUGUGCUGGCCGGGGCGAUACGGGCCAGACUGUCAGCCCUGCAACUGCUCCAUCCACGGACAGUGCGACGAGGGGAUCUCGGGCUCUGGGCAGUGCCUCUGCGAAAGCGGGUGGACGGGCCGCUUCUGCGACACACCCAAAGCUGUGUCCCCAGUUUGCAGGCCCCCCUGCUCCGCCCAUGCCACCUGUGUGGAGAACAACACGUGCGAAUGUAACCUGGGUUACGAAGGCGACGGGAUAACAUGCACAGUUGUGGCUUUCUGCAAACAGAACAACGGAGGCUGUGCCAAGGUUGCCCAGUGCUCCCAGAAGGGCACCAAGGUCUCUUGCAGAUGUCCAACGGGCUACCAGGGAGAUGGCCACAGCUGUAUGGAGAUAGACCCCUGCACAGAUGGCCUCAAUGGGGGUUGCCACGAGCAAGCCACCUGCACCAUGACUGGCCCAGGCAAGCGCAAGUGUAAAUGUAAGAGUCACUUCGUGGGGGACGGGCUGGACUGCGAACCCGAGAAGCCACCCCUGGACCGCUGCCUUCAGAACAACGGGUACUGCCACCCAGAAGCCGACUGCGUGGACCUCCACUUCCAGGAUGCGACCCUGGGGGUGUUCCAUGUCCGCUCCCACCUGGGCCAGUACAUGAUGACCUAUGAUGAUGCCAUGUUGGCGUGUUCCUUCGAAGAUGCAGUGUUGGCCACCUAUAGCCAGCUCUCCUAUGCCCAGAAGGCGGGGUACCACCUCUGUUCUGCGGGCUGGCUGAAAGGCAGGCGUGUCGCCUAUCCCACAGCCUUUGCCUCCCCAAAGUGUGGUGGGAACGCUGUGGGCAUCGUGGACUACGGUAUCAGACCCAACGUCAGCGAGACGUGGGACGCCUUCUGCUACAGCAUGAAAGAAGUGAACUGCACCUGCAAGAUGGGCUACGUGGGAGACGGCGUCAUGUGCAAUGGGAACCUGCUGCAAAUCCUGAUGUCCUUCCCCUUCCUCGAGGACUUCCUGACAAAGGUGCUGGCCUACUCCAACAGCUCAGCCCGAGGCCAGGCAUUCCUGAAGCACCUGACAGACCCAGCCACCAAUGACACGUUCUUUGUACCACAUAACAACGUUCUCGCAGAAAACAAGACCCUGUCUGGGCGGGAUAUCGAGCACCACCUCGUCAAUGUCAGCAAGGUCUUUUUUCGUGACCUCAUCAACGGCACCGUGCUGCAGACCAGGCUGGGAAGCCAGCUGCUCAUCACUUCUGGCCGUCGUGAGCAUCAGUACGAUAUGAGGAAGAUAUUUGUGGAUGGCAGAGCCAUCGUGCUGGCAGACAUCUUGGCCACCAAUGGAAUCGUCCACAUUAUUUCGGAGCCUUUGGAGGCACCUCCAGCCCCAGAGACUCCAACCCACACUGGCUUGAGGACAGGGGUAUUCUGUGCCACCAUCCUGGUCAUUGGAGCAACCGCUUUGGCUGCCUAUUCCUAUGUCCGGCUCAGCCGCAGAGGCAUUGGUUUCCGGCGCUUUAAGCCAGAAGAGGACAUCACUGUGGCAGUCUUCAGCAAGCAGUGCCAGGACAACAUCUCCAACCCCACGUAUGAGAGCGUGAGCGCAGAGCCUCCCCCACCUCCUGGCGACCCCGAGGAGUUGGACAGCAGCGAUCCCCUGGGGGCCGGGACCCUGUGAGGGUCCCUCGGGAACACCAGCCAUCAGCCACCGUCAUCUGGGCCACGGGAGCCUCAGGAAGGCCCUCGCUGCGAGUCCUCAGAAGCAGCAGCCCUGAGGGAACACAGGCCCUCAACAUUGCAGAGUGCGAGCCACGCACUCACACGCCUUGUCCCGUGGGUCAGGCUGGCGGCUGCCGCACUUCUGCAGCUCCAGGCUCCACAGCCCGGUGCUCCGGCAGGACGGAGCCCUCCGCCAGCCGGUCUUUCCGCCUUCUAGGUGUUGCUGAUUACUUCCGCCCCC